AGAAACCGACUCGAUCACAUUCACCUCAAGGAAUAAAGCCAACCUAGGCUCCUACGAAUAGUAGUCAACUGGGGAUAUUUGGCUCGACUCCAACAAUCUUAAAGCUGUACGAGCACUCCAACUCAGAGCAGAACCCGAACUCUUCCCAGGAACAGCGCUAUAUAUAGCUGCCUCUGCGCCUCGGCCUUCCUGCACCACCUUCCUUUGCAUCCCAGCUUCAGCUUCACACCUUCACAUCUUUCGUACACCAGCGAACUCCGCAAGAAACUCGCAGCAGGUCCGGACAUGGCAGCCGAGAAGCGCACCAUUGGCAUGGGCAUGGACUACUCGCCGUCCAGCAAGGCCGCCGCAAGGUGGGCGGUCGACAACCUGCUCAAGGCCGGCGACAGGAUCAUCCUUGUCCAUGUCCUCCCCAAGGGGGCGGACGCCAGCCACAAGGAGCUCUGGAAGAGCACGGGCUCACCUUUGAUUCCUCUACCGGAGUUCAUGGAGAUGAACGUGCAGGCGAGGUACGGAUUGAACCCUGAUAAGGAGAUACUGGAGAUCCUGCAGGCUGCAUCCAAGUCCAAGCAGGUGGAAGUACUAGCAAAGAUUUACUGGGGUGAUGCAAGGGAGAAACUCUGUGAGGCAGUGGAUGAUCUCAAGGUGAACUCCUUUGUGCUUGGUUGCAGGGGCUUAGGGCCACUGAAAAGGGCUCUCCUUGGAAGUGUCAGCAACUACGUAGUCAACAAUGCAACAUGCCCAGUUACAGUGGUGCGCGGACCAACUGGAUCGAGUGCCUGAUCUUUUCUUUUCAGCUUAAAGGUGGAACUUCUGUAGUGCAAGGAUCAUUUAGUAGAACUGGGUUGACGUGGUUUGUGAGGAUGAACUGUUAGUUCUGGUAAUUAACUACAGUAUUAUACUAUUAUUGCUUGACAUCUGUUGUCCAGUUGUGAUAUCUGUGAAUUCCUCUCUGUUAAAUCUUGUCUAUAUUUAUGCUUUUCUUUGUGAAAUUGUGUAAGAAAAUUUCUACAGACUAUAUGAAUGUGCUAGUGGUGAGUCUGCUUUUAUCUAUGCGCA